UAAAAUAUACUGAAUGAAGAAUCCGGAGUCCCACGUGCUCCCAUAAUGACCAGAAAGAGAAAGCUCAAGAAAGAAUCCAAAGGAAAAAGGAAAAGAUUUAAAGCCAGCAGCUACGAGUCGGCCCCGAGAGAGCCAGGAUGGAAGGGCAAAGAUGAUAAGGAGUUUGAGAAAGUUCGUUUUCGCCUCCCAAUAAAGACAGACACAGGAUGGCUGCUACAAGACCCAGUCCCACUGGAAGACAAUGGUGAAGACAGUGAUAAAGAAGUAGACGAUCAAGUCGUUCCGGAAGAUUUAUCUGACCAUGAUAUGGAUGAUGCUGAUGAUGAGUUGCUAGAGUUGAGUGAAGAGGAUGAUGAGCUACAAGAAUCAUCAGAACCUCUUUUGCCUCUCAGCACAGCAGAGGUCCUGGCAUCAAGAGAGAUGAAACUGAACAAGAGGAAAGAUCUCAUUGCCGAUUGCUCUUCAAGAAUACUUGAGGACCCACAAGAGAAUGUUCAUCUCCUGAACAAGUUGUGUAUACUUUGUAUCGACAGGACUUCAGAGAUGGCACUCACUGUACGCAAGUUGUCCAUGAUAUCAUUGGUGACAGUCUAUAAGGACAUCAUUCCUGGUUAUUGUAUUCGUGAUUUAACAGCUUCAGAAAAGUCGGUCAAAGUGUCAAAGGAUGUCCAGAGGUUGAGGAGCUAUGAGCAGAAACUUUUACAAUAUUAUGACAAGUAUAUUAGUAUACUAACACAGACUGUCCAAGCUGGUCUUAGUGAAAAGAAUAAACUCAAUGAAGUGAUGGUGAAAGGACGUAAUUAUGAUAUAGUGGCAUUGGAAUCAGGGCUGUCGAUUAGUCCGACUGGUCUUGAAAACUUAAGCAUGACUGCUCUUCAGUGCAUAUGUGAACUGAGUAAGUCAUUGUAUCACUUUAACUAUCACGAGAGGCUCUUCUUACUAUUGGCUCACGGACUAACUUCAAGCAAGCGGAACGGAAAUGUUGCUGCCACUUGCAAAGAGACAGUCAGCACUGUAUUUAAGAAUGACAGAGUUGGAGAAACAUCACUUGAAAUAGUACAACUUAUCUCAAAGCUCCUAAAGUCUAGAGGAUAUAGCACUCGACCACAAGUAGUACAAGUAUUGCUACACUUGAACUUGCAGCAUGUUGAAGAACCAGUCAACCAGUUGGGGGGAGGAGGAGGAGGAGCAAAGAAGAAACUCACCCAGCGUCAAAAAAGACUUGAAAAACAGAAAAUGAAUCGAAAACAAAGACGAAAAUUUAAUGCCAGAGCACGUCUAGAGAGAGAGCUGAGAGAAGUAGAGGCAGAAGAGAGAAUAGACAAGAAAGUCAAACUACAAACAGAAAUUAUCAAGUUGGUAUUUAUGAUAUACUUUCGUGUUUUGAAACAAGCCCAAGACUCACCUUUACUCAGUUCAGUUCUGGAAGGACUAGCAAAAUUUGCUCAUCUGAUAAGUGUAGAUUAUUUUGCUGAUCUCAUGUCAGUCCUUCAUUCAUUAAUGGAAAGAAAUAUAUUGUCCUUUCAGCAGUCAAUGGAAUGUAUUGUCACUGCUUUUCAAAUCCUCUCGGGUCAAGGUGAAGCACUGAAUAUUGACCCACGUCAGUUUUACUGUAAAUUAUACACUAACCUCCUCCAGUUGGACCACCGUACUAAUCAGUAUAACAUGUCCCUGGUUAUCAGUUGUCUGGAGAAGGUCACCAAGCAAAGGAAAAAGAUAUCUUCUGAGAGAGUGCUUGGUAUUGUUAAAAGGAUGGGUACAAUGUCCCUACAAUUACCUCCUGCCUCUGCCCUGGGCCUGCUGGCUACAAUGAGAAUAUUCUUUCAAAGUUAUAGAUCUUACAUUAGUGUCCUUCUUGAUAAUGAAGAGGAGAGUGCUGGUGGUGUGUUUAAUCCAAAUGUACCUGAUCCUGAGGUAUCAUCAUCAUCCUCUACUAACCUAUGGGAGCUAGCAACACUGAGAUCUCAUUAUGAUCCUUAUGUCUCCUGUUAUGCUGAACACUUAAUUAAAGGGGCUCCCUCUCAAGGCCCUGGAUCACUCAGCCCUCACUUUAGCCAGAGGAAUCCUGUCUUACUAAUGGAGUCACACAGUUGGCAGUCUGUUGACCCUUUUAACAACAUACCCUCUCUUAGGAAAAAGGAGAAAAGGAACUCUGCUAUUAGUAGGAAAGAGAUUGGUAUGACGGUUGAUGGCAGAUUAGAUUGUAUGAAAGACCAUUUUAGUGGGAAUUGGCGUCUACAACAAUUUCUAUAACUUUUAAAUAACAAAUAAUAAUAAUGAUGUACAGACUUUGUGUUACGAGAGAGACGAGAGAGAGAGUUGUGACACAUUUAAAAAUAUGAUUAUAUAUAAA